AUGCCGGCCCCCAAGCCCAAAGACGUCCAACAUGAAUUCUCCAACCUAGCCCAUGAACUAGAAGGCUGCACCUGGGAACAGCUCCAGCAGCGAUUCAUAGAAGAAAUGGACGAACGGUCCAAGGCGGAAAAUAACCUGCAAAAAGAGACCGCCGAUCUCCUUGAAGUGUUUAUGGCUUGGUCACAAACUACUACCUUCCGUGAUGAGGACCGGGCAUACAAGAGGUUUAAAACCCGAAUGGAUCAUGUCCAAAAGUCAGAAGAGACCCUAGAGGAAAAGAAGACACACUAUGCGAAUGUUGUUAAGGCCUUUGAGAGUGCUCUAGCACUUCUUCGAACGGAGUAA